AUGGAAAGCGACAAUUGUGGUGAUUCAUUCAAAUCGUUAUGUUUUCAAUAUCCUUGUAAAUAUGGUAUAGAAUGUUCUGGUUACCAUUUAGAACCAAAUAAUGAAAUCUUGUAUGAAGAUACGGAGAUACUUAACGAAAAUUUAGUAAAACAAACAAAAAAAUUAGUAUUAAAUACAGAUAAGAAAUUUGAUACAUGGGACCUAGCUGAUAAAUUCAUUGAUGACUAUACAAAACAAGAAGGCUUCAGUAUAUGUAAGAAAAGGCAUACAUUAGACCCAAAAGAUAAUAUUAUUAUAAAACGUCGAAUAUAUGAAUGCUCUUAUGCUGGCACACACGAACCUCAAAAAAAAUUCUAG